AUGUCGUCUUCAUCAUCCAACGUCGUCGGCGUGCAUUACCGCGUCGGCAAGAAGAUUGGCGAGGGUUCUUUCGGUGUCAUCUUCGAGGGCACCAACCUGUUGAACAACACCCAGGUCGCCAUUAAAUUCGAACCGCGUAAGAGCGACGCUCCUCAGCUCCGUGACGAGUACCGCACCUACAAGAUCCUCGUAGGAUGCCGUGAGUCCCAGUCCCACUACCGUCCACUCUUUAUCAAUCCUAACAACGCAUGCNNAGCCGGCAUUCCCAAUGUCUACUACUUUGGCCAAGAAGGUCUGCACAACAUUCUCGUUAUCGAUCUGCUAGGACCCUCACUCGAAGACCUGUUCGACCACUGCAACCGUCGCUUCUCUACCAAGACUGUCGUCAUGGUCGCCAAGCAGAUGCUGUCGCGCGUACAAACUAUCCACGAGAAGAACCUGAUUUACCGUGACAUCAAGCCUGACAACUUCCUCAUCGGCCGUCCUGGAACCAAGGCCGCCAACGUUAUUCACGUCGUCGACUUCGGCAUGGCCAAGCAAUACCGUGACCCAAAGACGAAGCAACACAUCCCCUACCGUGAGCGCAAGUCUCUCAGCGGAACGGCUCGUUACAUGUCCAUCAACACCCAUCUGGGUCGCGAACAGAGUCGUCGAGAUGACCUCGAGGCAUUGGGCCACGUCUUUAUGUACUUCCUGCGAGGUGGUCUGCCUUGGCAGGGUCUGAAAGCUGCUACGAACAAGCAAAAGUACGAGAAGAUUGGUGAGAAGAAGCAGACAACCGCCAUCAAGGAUCUCUGUGAGGGCUUCCCUGAGGAGUUCAACAAGUACCUGUCAUACGUCCGCAACCUUGGUUUUGAGGACACACCCGACUACGACUACUUGCGCGAUCUCUUCACCCAGGCAUUGAAGAAUAGUGGCGAGGUGGAAGAUGGAGAGUACGACUGGAUGAAGCUGAACAACGGCAAGGGCUGGGAGGCCAUGAAGCAACACCCCAGCCAGGCCCACCUGCAUGCCCACCACAACAACGUUGCCAACACUUCGGCUCGCGAUGUCCACGCCAACCGUGCCAGCAAAACACCCAUUCCCCCAGGUCGUCUCGAGCAGGAGCUGCCCAAGCCUGGUGCCGUCAGAUCCCCUGCCCAAGCACAGCGCCAGUCGGGCACCAACCGUCACUAUAGCCAAGACUACGCCCAAAAGAGAACUAGCCAAGGUGGUGACCUCGCUCCGCCAGAGGGAUCUACCGCUGCGCAAUUCGCUAACAGCUCUGGUAACCUCCCCGGGCGUCUGCAAAACACUCAACCCAGCAGGCAAAGUACCACUCAGCCUUCAGCUCAGGCACAGCGUGUCCAGCAGCAACAACAGCAGCCUGAGCAGAAGCCUUCGGGAAUGUCAAAGUUCUUCAAGGCGCUGUGCUGUGGCUAG